AUGCGACAUUCGGAAAAAGUAGGUACCGAAAACACCAAGCCCUCUUUGAGGGUAGCAGGACUGGGUUUGUGCGACUCGUACGAUUUUGGUGUGCUUGCCGUUGACGUUGUUCUGGGAGACGGAACACGAUGGAUGCUGGAAUUCUCGGAGAGCCUUUACCUUGGCCGUCUGCUCUCAGUGCGGCCACCUGUGGUCCUCUCGUUUGGGUCAGCGAGGGCGAUGCGAGAGCUGGAGAAAGUCGUUGUGCUUCUCCAUGGUAAGGCACCCAGGGCAUUUAACAGUGUCAUGGAUGAGCGCAACAACGAAGCGAAGACUGCCACUGCGAGGGAUAAUAAAAUGGACAACGCAGCAGCUGUGGAGAGGACAUUAUCUGCUGCGCCUACUGCAGAGAGGUUAGCCAACGACAGGAUGGCUCUUGCGCGUGCUUACGUGCGUCAGAUGUCGGACAACCGAAAGCUCUUUAUGGAGGUGCUUGAGCUCGCGGCACGCCUGGAAAUGGAGGAGACAUUCCCACUUCUCUGUGAGGAAUUUAGUCGCAUUUUUAGGGAGGACGUUCGGGGUAAGUUCUCCACUGGUCGCUCUUUGCUAGAGGAACUCGUGAGCUCCGGGCAGAUGGGGAUUGAGAGGUUCAGAAAGGCUGUUAUACAGUCCUUUGCACUGGACGAUGCCCCUUUGGUUUCAUCCCCAAAGGAGGAGCAACUACAGCAAGGAGCCUCCAGCGGCGAUGCGAUGGACCAGCAGUGGUUGAAGCAGUUGCGGGAGGAUCAUUACUUUUUUCCUAAUGGACAGCUGAUAGGCGAACUCACACAGUCUAUAGACCCGGAUGUGCGUGUGAUGCACGAUGAAAAACCCUUUGGGGAGGAAUUCACUUCAAGUUUUCAGAAGCACCCAUUUCACAGCCCGGUGUGGGAGCCGGAGGAUGUCGCAAAGGUGUGUCCCGUGUGUGGUGUGACCUUUGUCUCGUGGUCCGUCCUAUCGUUCAAUACAGUCAGGCCAAGCCACUGUCGUUGCUGUGGCCGGCGUAUUUGCGCACGAUGCACCUCAUGGAAACUAGAUAAAUCGAUUGCAAAACUGAGCAAACCUGGAGUGGAAGAAGAGGGUCAGCUUCGACGCGCCUGUAAGGAGUGCUUUGACAGGGCGGAAAAGCUGAACAAACACGCGUUUUUGUGUGAGAUAUUUGUUCUUGCGGGUCUGUCUUUGACUGACAUCGCACUCCUGCGUUCUAUAAGUCCACAGUGGAAAGGCGCCUCCGAGCUGUGUCUUAGCGACUAUAGGUCGUCGCUUUACCAGCACGCCUUGUGGAAGUUAGCUGUGGCAACGCAGACCGCGCGCAUACUGGCAAGCAGCGUUGACAUUCUGGUUGGUCAUCCUGAGCCACUCAUCUUUCUUUUCAUCUCUAUGGAUUGGGGUAACCAGGAACUCGUCGCAGCGGCUCAAGCAACGCUCGAGAAGACGCUGAAGGGUGCGGGCCCGUGGGGGCGGUCGGGCUGUUCCCAUGUCUGCUUCUGGGAACCACCCGUUAGCCACUGGUACAUGUUGUGCACCAGGGCGUGUGGUCGGAUGCUUCCAUCGUUUUUUGCUAUUAAGAUGCUUGAGUGCCUCCACCGCGCCCCGGAGGGUCACCCUGCCGCGGAGUUGAUGCGCACGAUGGUGACGAAGGAGCUUCUGAAAGAAAUCUCCUUUUUGGAUAGGCGUAUCUGCGAGUGUGUGGUUGUGCUUCUGCUGGAUAUCUUUGAGCUUAAGACGUGUCAGCCACACGCCACCUCAGUGCUGCUACACCUCUCUGCUCAGGACCGAGGCCUGGCGCUUAUGAUCUUCCAGGAGACCUUCGCCCGCUGCCGCCAUGACGAGUUGAGCUACCAGACCCUGCGGGGGCUAGUGAUUAAUGUGGAUUGCGCAGAGCGACCCGAAAUACAUCAAACGUUUCUGAAUACGUUGCAGUUUCUGAACGUGCUGCGCUCCGCGUGGAUGACGGAUGUCAAGCAAAACGACAUUGCUGGUAUACGCGAGUCGUUGUACAAAAACCUCCGCAAGGCUGGACUGUUGCUUGCUGCAAGGGAGGCACAAGAUGCGACACUACUGAACACGUACGCCAUCUGCCCGAUUUUCUUUCCGUUCAUCAGCGAGGUUGUGCUGACAAAAAUUGACUUUGGCGGUAUUGUGGCAAUGAACUCGAAGCAGCGGCCCGUUCUGAUUCCGCUUGUUGACGAGGGGGGUGAGCGACGGUGUAUUCUCUACAAGAAUGAAAACCUUGAAAAGGACAAGGUGAUGUGCAUCACCUCGAGGUUUUUGCAGUGGGUGCUGCACAAACAACUAAGCGGUGUUGUGCUUCCCACCUACCACGUCAUGCCCCUUUCAUGCUCCUCUGGAAUCAUAGAGAUUGUGAAGGACGGGCACACCGUUCAGCGUGCCAUUCAGCCGUACAAGGAGCAUCGCCUGCUGCAAUACCUGCUGCAGCUGGAACAAUACUACGGACCACAGAAGGCGAAACGGAAUCAGAAUCAGCCGCAGGGGGCGGGGAAGCCUGCGCAAGGAGAGGAGGAUGGUUCAGUUGUCAGCGUCCGAAAGAGCUUCCUUUGCUCGGCAAAAUUUUUUAUUUUGAUGAAUUACAUUUUUUCUAUCGGUGAUAGACACCGUGACAAUGUGAUGGUGCACCCAAGCGGUGCCGUCUUUCACAUUGACUUCGGCAUGCUUCUGAAUGCACGGACGCUGGCAGAGCGAGUCACCACAAGCUACGUGCGAUUUGACCUUGACCUGGAGGAGUGUGUGCUGAAGUUCAUGUGUGACGAUGAGAAGAGGCGGCCAGGGUCAUUGGUAUUGUCUAAUUCUUCUUCAUCGCCACAACAAGGGCUGCUUCCAAGUGUCCCGGCACGCACCUCGGAUGUUUUUCUCUCCAAAUUUCUUAUGGAUACAGCUGACUGGUUUCUUGAGGUGCGGCCAUACUCCAGUAUUCUUUUUCAGCUCUUGUCCCACGUUUUUUUUCGGCAGGCUCUUGACGGUGUGCACUCAGUCGAGCAGCUUAUGGCGUUGAUGCAUACUACGUUUAUGCGCGAUGCGGCGGAGGGGACGUGCAAAACUCUAUUUUGUGAUCGUGUCAGGCAGUCGCGGGGUCAAACGUGGCUAAAGGACUUCACCCACGACACACAGAAGCAAACUUGGAUCAUGGUGGCGCAGGGGCUGAAGUGGGUGCGGGAGAAGACAGGGCUCAACCGUUUUGAUUCCACGCGUUGA